UGGUCACGGGGCGGGGCCCGGCGCUGUACUUAGCGCAGGGGCGGCUGCGGGAAGCUACGGCGGCUGCCCAGGCACCAGCAUCAGCGGCUGCCCGGACACUCAGGCUGCAGGCCCAGGCCCUCUGCGGCUGCGGAGCGCGGUGAAUCUCUAAUCCAGUUUCCAAAAUGUGGCAGCUCUUGGCCACCCUCAGCUGCCUGCUGGUGCUGACCAGUGCCCGGAGCAAUGUGCAUUUCCCUCCUCUGUCCGAUGAGCUGGUCAACUUUGUUAACAAGCAAAACACCACUUGGAAGGCCGGACACAACUUCUACAACGUGGACCUGAGCUAUGUGAAGAAGCUGUGUGGCACCAUCCUGGGCGGGCCCAAGCUGCCCCAGAGAGAUGCAUUUGCUGCGGAUAUGGUUCUGCCUGAAAGCUUCGAUGCCCGAGAACAGUGGCCAAACUGCCCGACCAUCAAAGAGAUCAGAGACCAGGGAUCCUGUGGCUCCUGCUGGGCGUUCGGGGCUGUGGAAGCCAUUUCUGACCGGAUCUGCAUCCACAGCAAUGGGCGUGUUAACGUGGAGGUGUCUGCUGAGGACAUGCUGACCUGCUGUGGUCUCGAGUGUGGAGAAGGCUGUAAUGGCGGUUUCCCCUCUGGAGCCUGGAACUUCUGGACAAAGAAAGGCUUAGUGUCUGGGGGCCUCUAUAACUCCCAUGUAGGCUGCAGACCGUACUCCAUCCCUCCUUGUGAGCACCACGUGAAUGGCUCCCGGCCCCCAUGCACCGGUGAGGGGGACACCCCCAAGUGCAGCAAGACCUGUGAGCCCGGCUACAGCACGUCCUACAAAGAAGACAAGCAUUUUGGAUGCAGUUCCUACAGCGUCUCCAGCAGCGAGAAGGAGAUCAUGGCAGAGAUCUACAAGAAUGGCCCAGUCGAGGGGGCCUUCUCUGUGUACUCGGACUUCCUGCUGUACAAGUCUGGGGUGUACCAGCACGUCACGGGAGAGAUGAUGGGAGGCCACGCCAUCCGCAUUCUGGGCUGGGGAGUGGAGGAUGGCACCCCCUACUGGCUGGUCGGCAACUCCUGGAACACUGAUUGGGGUGACAAUGGCUUCUUCAAAAUCCUCAGAGGACAGGAUCACUGUGGAAUCGAGUCGGAAAUCGUGGCUGGAAUGCCGUGUACUCAUCGGUACUAGAAGAUCUGAUCUGCGUGGGGGCCUGUUUGCUGGCCCAGGGCCAGUUUUCCCCUAAAUACGGCCACUUAGACUGGGGAUGAGGUGGGGGGUGGGGUAGGGAUGUCUUUUAUUUUUUGAGUUAUGAUAAUAUAUAAGGGUUUUUAGACAGGGUCUGAAGAAGACUGGGUUGGGCCAAGCUGCGUGUCUGCCAUCGGGUCUGUCUUCCAAGGACACACAGCCAGGCCUGCCCAGGGACAGACUGCUGCCCCAACACGAACGUGUAGACACAAAAGCCGCUGCCGAAGCAGAGCGAACCUUUCCCUGUAGACGAGCUGUGUAGUGCCUGCUACCCCUGCUUCUGCCCUGACCACUUCUACACUGCCCCCUGCCCCCAACCCCCCACCCAGCCCCGCCUCUGCAUCACCAGGGAGCAAGACCUUAAAGGGUUUGUAGAUUUCUGAGAGUGGAAAGCAGAGUUCCUAGUUAGAUCCCUGCACAAGCAGGCAGCUUUCUAGAUCUGGAAUAGGCUGAGAAGAGACGGUGGGGAAGCCCUUUGGAGAAAGCCCUGUUCUGCCAGGUCCCCUGCAUCUGUCGAGCUUUGCAGCAUGGCUCACCCUCUCUCGUCCCGUCCUUGCUGUGACCCUCUAAGUUUUGUUUUUGUGCACCUUGGCUAAUCAUGUGAGUGAGAGUCUACUGCUUGGAAGAGCUGUGCUACUUGUACGGAUUGUCUCCUUCAAACUAGGCGGUUGUGACUUGACUGACCUUACUGCCCUCUAAUCCACAGUGAAACUAGUUUGGCAGGAAGCCAACUUUUACCUUUUACAAUCACUGCUUCACCCUGUUAAAUACAAGGGAUGGCUGCCAAUAAAAAGCCUCUCCUUCAGUGUGAAGUCUGUGUUCUGGUGGCAUCUCCAAGAUUGUGUGUCACUGUCUGGACUUCGAGCUGCUGUCUCUCCUUAUCCCCCAGAAAGAAUCAUGUUCCCAUGGAUCUGAGUGCCCUCGAACCUCUAACCAGGGAUGUCUUGCCUCAGUUGAGUGGAACAAAAUAAAUACCUAAUUUUAACUACAUUGCUGCUGCUGUACUUUCAAACCAUGGUGCCUCAUCUCUUAUUUUCCUGUCAUUCUCAUCAACCCUUUUCUGUUGAUUAAGCAGCUCUGUCCCUGUUAUGUUAAGGUAAGAACUCUUACCUCUUUUUUAGCAACCAUACACCAGCAGUGACCUGAGGAGUCCUGCAGGCAUGGUGUAUUGGUGGUAUAACCAGUCCUAGAAGGACUGGGGCCCUCCAGCGUUGGAUCUGGGUGAGAGCAGAGUCAAUCUGUGGUUUUAUGAGCUCCUGGUCUCUUGGAUUUACAUUACUGGUUAAGAAUUACUUAUUUCUGGGAGUUCCCUGGUGGCCCAGUGACUAAGACUGCGUUCCCAAUGCAGGGGGCCGAUUCAGUCCCUGGUCAGGGAACUAGAUCCCACAUGCUGCAACUAAGAUCCAGUGCAGCCAAAUAAAUUUUUUUGAAAAUUA